AUGUCUGAUUGGUCAGCACCUACGAUUCUGACAUUUUUGGAGGCUUAUCAAAAUGAGCCAUGUCUCUGGAAUUCCAAAGAUGCCGAUCACAAAAAUCGGCAAAAGGUUAAUGAUGCAUGGACUCGCCUCAGCAUUAUAAUGAAUAAAAGUGUCAAGGAAUUGAAGAACAAAAAAGAAAUACUUAUGGUUACGUUCCGCAGACAUCUGAAGAAAAAAAAAGAUUCUAUUCGGUCCGGUGCAGGAUUCGAUGAUGUUUAUACACCGGUCUGGUUUGCUUAUGACCUGAUGGAGUCAUUUUUAGGACCGUUAUAUAGCUGCUCAAAUAACGUAAAUUCAGAGGAAAACAAAGAUGAAAACUAUACAGAGGUGAUCUAUCUAGAAGACCCAAUAGAGAGUCAAGAAGAGAGUUUUCUGAAGGAGGUUCAACCGAAGGGGCUAAAAAGACCUAGAAACGAGGCAUCUGAAGGAGAAAUCAGCGAUUUUGGAUUAUACAUAACAAGUUUAUUGAGAGAUCUACCGAGUAAUGUGUGUGCACAGCUGCAAUUAAAUAUAGUUGAUUUAAUAGUAAAAGCGAAACUAGAAGAAACCGGACCAGAUAUUAGUAUGGAGGUAGAUCGUGGAAAAGAUCCGAUGGAAAAUGAGAACCAACAAAACACCAACACAACCUACCAACCAGAAAACUUAGAAAUAUCAACGGAAAGCCAAAAAGAAAGGGAUAAAAACCCUAACACAACUCCAAAAAAACGGACGAAGCUAAAAAAUGACGCAGCACACGAGAAUAUAAUUGAAAAUUUCGGAAAAUAUGUCGUAUGCUUGUUAAAAACUUUCCCGCGAACAGAUACCAAUACGAAACUUCAGAAGGACAUUGUUGAUCUCAUAAUGACAGCUCGGCUACAGACUAUGAAAAAUAGAUUGACAGAUAGCACCAUAGAUAAAUUAGGAAUCCGACGGGAUUUAUUUGUAGAAAUAAAAUAG